AUGGCCCUCGCCGCCGCCAUGACCUUCGUCCUGCUCCGCUCGACCCUCACCGUCGUGACUGCAGCGUCCACUGCCACGCGGCUGCUCUCCAAUCUCCAAUCCCCCAAGCCCGUGGUGUUGCUCAUAUCCUCGAAUGGCUUCCGCUUCGGGUACCAGUACAAGGUCCCUCUCCCGCACAUCCGCCGCCUCAUCACCGGCGCCGGCGCCGGCGUUCUCCUCAUCACCUCCUCCUGCGGCUAG